AUGGCUAAUUCCCGGCUGAGGCUGAUGCAGGAUCAGGGUGUUCCGAUGUGGGCUGCCGCGACCUAUGAUCCCCAGGCGCUGGCUUGGCUCCGAGCAACUGAUCAAUCAAUCUACGGACUGAAUUUCCCUGUGCAACACAAUGAUCCAACCCGGAUUUAUGGUUCAACAGAAAAUGAACUCCAAGGCAGUACUUCAGCCGAUUCUGUUGACUUGAGUAUGCCCACAAGGAUGCCUGAACCAGUUCAAUCCCUAUCGCACCAGCCAUACGGCUACUCACCCGUCUUCAGGCAAUCACAGGCUUAA